GACAUUAGGGUCGUCUAGUUUGACCUUGUUAAGAAGAUCCUUUAGUUCCUUUCUUACGAUAAAUACGUCUUAGUAUCAAUUUUAAAACUCCGCAUUCAUCUCUUCAAAAAAUUUUGUCGGGAUGGUUAAUUAAUUAAGCUGGAACGACCGCAAUUAAUAUCUUGAGUUAUAAAUCUAAUGGCAAACGAUCAAGACACUAAUGUACUGAAAGUCGCAACAUCUGGUGCUGUUGUUGGUAUGGGACUAAUAAACUUUGGACGUCUGGACAAACGCACAUUUGUGAGCGCUCUUCUGGGUGCUGCUUUAGGAUUUGGACUUAGUAUCACAUUUUAUGGUCUUUGGAAUGCCUUAGUAAAAUCUUUUAAUCGACACAAACAAAGUGAACAAUUUCGUCAGAUGAAUGAACAAUUAACAAGUAUUAAAGCAGAAUUAUUGGUCCUGCGUAAUGAAAUAUAUCAUUCAAACUUGAAGGCUUCGAAUAACAAACAUGAUGUUGAAACGCUGCCGUAUUUCAUGCUUGAUGAUGAUACUGACUCAAUGGAUGAUUAUGAGAAGUUUUUAGACGUUGAGAACGAUGAUGAUGACCUCAACUCAGCAUCGUUUAAGUCCGCAAAAUCUCCAACUGAAGUUUUAUCCUCAGCGAAUUCUUUUCACAGUGUGAGCAGUCAUUUGUCAAAUGAUUAUUCUUACUGCGACAUGAAAGUACGUGUUCCGACGAACAUCUUGGAGGAAAUAGAUGAAUUAGCGGAUUAUGCCCUCGGUGAAUAUUCGUCAAGCGAAUUACAAAUCAAUCCUAGUGGAGACAGUACUACUCCAGGAAUGCAAGCUUAUGCAAGGUGCUUAGUCUAUAGGUACAAGUAUCGUUAUUGUCCAGAAUUCUUAUGGCGAUUAGCACGUGCCACCUACAUAGCCAGUGAAGAAGCAUCAUCAGAUGAAGUUAUACAAGAAACUGAUAUGUUAAGAAAUAAGCCAGCCUCUGAAAGCUCGCACAGUUCCCGUAAUUUAAAUGAUAUUGCAUGUGAAGUACAAAGUCGAAAACAAUUCAUUGAAUCUGGAAUAAAAUGUGCACGUCGAGCAUUGAGUAUAAUUCAGAAAUCAAAUUUAUCGCUUUUAGAUGAUGAUCCAAUUAAAUUAGCUCCAAUAUAUAAAUGGUUGGCUAUUUUAGUCGGUGUGUAUUCUUCUUAUGUCAGUGCUCAACAGAGAAUACAAUAUGGCUAUGAGUUUAAGGAGCUAAUCGACACUGCUAUCAAACUUGAUGCCUCUGAUGCAUUGUCCUAUUAUCUACAAGGUCGUUGGUGCUACGAGGUCUAUAAUCUUUCAUGGAUUGAACGCCAAAUCGCAUCUAAGUUAUUUUCAAAGCCUCCAACGUCUACUAUUGAAGAAGCAAAUACAGCAUUUGAAAAAGCUGAAAAGCUACGACCAAAUCACUACGCUGCGCUCUACUUGUACCGAGCUAAAUGCUUCAUAAGUACUUCAGAUUACAAGACUGCAUUGCAUAACCUGAAAAUAGCUCGAAACUUAUUUGCUCAGCAUAGGCAUCCUACGCCACAUACAGAUACUGGUUCAAUACGAGAGCAAGUUGAUCAACUGUAUAAUAAAUACUGUAGAUACCUGUGA